UAGGCCUCACCAGCCGAGGAGGGGUUGUCCCAAUCUCACCUAGACAAGAUACAGUUGGGCCAAUCUGCAGGACAGUAUCAGAUGCUGUUUAUGUGCUUGAUGCCAUUGUGGGUUUUGAUCCUUAUGAUGCUGUGGCAACUAGAAAAGCUUCAAAGUACAUCCCACAUGGUGGCUACGUACAAUUUCUCAAGGUUGACGGGCUAAGGGGAAAGAGGUUAGGGAUAACAAGCUAUCCCUUCUUUGGUUUCACUAACAACUCAGACAUCUCUCAAGCUUUUAAACUGCAUUUCAACACAUUAAGGCAAAGAGGUGCAAUUUUGGUAGACAUUCUGGACAUUCCCAACUUCGUUCCCAUCAUGAACUCCGUCUUCAAUGAUCAAGGCAUAGCAUUGCUAGCUGAGUUCAAGUUGUCUCUAAAUGCUUAUCUAAAAGACCUACUCACUUCUCCAGUGCGAUCAUUAGCAGAUGCAAUAGCCUUCAACAAGAAAUUUUCGGAUUUGGAAAAAAUUGGCGAAUAUGGGCAAGACUUGUUUUUGAAAGCAGAGAAAACAAAUGGGAUGGGUGAAUUGGAAAAGAAAGCGCUGCGAAAUUUAACGGAAGCAUCCAAGUAUGGACUCCAGAAGUUGAUGAAAGCUAACAUGUUGGAUGCACUGGUGACACCGAUGUCAUAUGAUUUCCUACAUGUUUCUGGAGUGCUCGCAAUUGGGGGCUUCCCAGGAAUUAGCGUUCCGGCUGGGUACGAUCACCAUGGGAGGCCUUUUGGUAUUUGUUUUGGAGGAUUAAAGGGUUUUGAGCCUAAACUCAUUGAAAUCGCGUAUAGUUUCGAGCAGGCCACGAAGAUUAGGAAGCAGCCUUUGUUUAGACCUUAAAUUUAAGAAUAAUACUAGGGGUCAUGAAAAAAAUUCAUGAAAUGUAUCAUGAAAUUUUUUCAUCCUUUGAUAAUUAGCUGAUGUAUUGUUGGUACCAGAAAUGGUUUUGGCGAACAACCAUAUUGUUGUUGUCCUUGCAGGACAUGUAAAAGUGAAUGCAGCACAAUAUUAAGUGCUUUGCCUACUAAAAAGAAUUGAGUAACAUAAGAUCUGCAGUUUCUAUCCGUCAAUAUGAACUGCCAAAAAAAGUUUGUUAACAAUUCAAAGUUUGGCCAAAGCUGAAUUUUGCAGGA